AUGUCUAAUAUAGCUUCUGUGGAUAAUGCUGUCACGUCCGUCGUGAAUGAUACAGUUGCAACCGUUGGGGAUACUGUUGCUUCUGUGGAUAAUUCUGUCACAUCUGUCGUCAAUGAUACAGUUGCAGCUGCUGGCGAUACUGUUGCUUCUGUGGAUAAUGCUGUCACGUCUGUCGUCAAUGAUACAGUUGCAGCUGCUGGCGAUACCGUUUCUUCUGUGGAGAGUGCCGUCACAUCUGUGGUCAAUGACACCGUCGCAGCCGUCGAUAAUACUGUGUCCGCUGUUGAAAACACUGUUACGUCGGUGGUCAAUGACACUGUUGCUGCCGUCGAUAAUGCUGUGUCCACUGUUGGGAACACCGUUACGUCGGUCGCCAAUGACACUGUUGCAGCCGUGGACAACGUCGUUUCUUCCGUGGAAACCGCUGUCACUUCGGUGGUCAAUGAUACAGUUGCAGCCGUUGGCGAUACCGUUUCUUCUGUGGGAAGCGCUGUAACUUCCGUGGUCAAUGAUACUGUUGCAGCCGUUGACAAUACCGUUUCUGCUGUCGAGAACACUGUGACAUCGGUUGUCAACGACACUGUUGCGGCUGUUGGCGAUACCGUUUCAUCUGUGGGAAACGCUGUCACGUCUGUUGUGAAUGACACCGUCGCAACCGUUGGCGAUUCCGUUUCUGCUGUCGAGAACACUGUGACAUCGGUUGUCAAUGACACUGUUGCGGCUGUUGGCGAUACCGUUUCAUCUGUGGGAAACGCUGUCACGUCUGUUGUGAAUGACACCGUCGCAACCGUUGGCGAUACUGUUUCGACUGCCGUGAACUCGGUCGUGUCGGUGGUGAAUGAUACGGUUGCUGCUGUGGAGAACACAGUCACAGCUGUCGUCAAUGAUACUGUUGCGACGGUGGAUAAUACCGUAUCGACUGCCGUGAACUCGGUCGUGUCGGUGGUGAAUGAUACGGUUGCAAACGCUGUGGACACUGUUUCGUCCGUUGUUAAUGACACCAUCGCGACUGUUGUUGACACCGUUGUCGCUGUUGCAAAUGAAACAGUCGCAACUGCCGUGGAUGCUGUAACUUCGGUUGCGAAUGACACAGUAGCAACUGCCGUGGAUGCCGUAACUUCGAUUGUGAAUGACACAGUAGCUGCAGUUGCCAACACCGUCAACUCAGCAGUUAACGACACUAUUGAUUUUGAAGUGUUUUCCAACUUUUUGCUGUUCGUAGCUGCUGUCGGUAACACGGUUACAUCGGUGGUGAAUGACACUGUGUCAGCGGUAUCUGAUGGAAUUGCCACUGUGAGUACGAUUGUGAACACCGUGGUCAACGAAACCAUUGCUGUGGUGAAUGAAACUGCUGGAGCGGUCUCUGCUGCAGUUAAUGAAACUGCAAGCGCUGUGAACAACGUCACUGCGACGAUAGACAAUACAGUUUGCAAGUCGUCUGUUACAAAUGCAGUGAACUCAUCAGUGACGGCUAUAGUAGAUGUCGCCACGUCUGCUGUAGCAAAUGCGUCCACUACGAUCGCCAAUGGUGUUAACACUGUGACCGCAGUAGUGAAUGAAACCACAGCUACAGUGGUGACGUUAUCCGAUUCGCUCGUGUCCCUCGACCCUGAGCUUUUCGAAAGCCUGAUGAACUCUAGCGACUCAGCCAAACUUUUAACUGCGCUGUCAAACUCGGUGACGGACAGCAUUUUGAAAAAGAAUGUUCAUUUUUGUGCAAAAGCAAAUGCUGUGGAUGCUGUAACCUCAAUUGCGAAUGAUAAAGUCGCUGCAGUUGCCAACACCGUCAACUCAGCAGUUAACGACACUAUUGAUUUUGAAGUGUUUUCCAACUUUUUGCUGUUCGUAGCUGCUGUCGGUAACACGGUUACAUCGGUGGUGAAUGACACUGUGUCAGCGGUAUCUGAUGGAAUUGCCACUGUGAGUACGAUUGUGAACACCGUGGUCAACGAAACCAUUGCUGUGGUGAAUGAGACUGCUGGAGCGGUCUCUGCUGCAGUUAAUGAAACUGCAAGCUCUGUGAACAACGUCACUGCGACGAUAGACAAUACAGUUUGCAAGUCGUCUGUUACAAAUGCAGUGAACUCGUCAGUGACGGCUAUAGUAGAUGUCGCCACGUCUGCUGUAGCAAAUGCGUCCACUACGAUCGCCAAUGGUGUUAACACUGUGACCGCAGUAGUGAAUGAAACCACCGCUACAGUGGUGACGUUAUCCGAUUCGCUCGUGUCCCUCGACCCUGAGCUUUUCGAAAGCCUGAUGAACUCUAGCGACUCAGCCAAACUUUUAACUGCGCUGUCAAACUCGGUGACGGACAGGUUGUCUUCCAUAACCGACGUGUCGGCAUUGAAGGGCAUUCUUGAAAAUCCUGGAGGGCUGGAACUGCUGAAGAACCUGGGAGUUUCUGUGUUCACCGACGGAAUUCUCGAGCUCAUCAAUGGGACCUUGGACGAUUCUAUCGUGCUCGAGGGUUUGCUGGGUUUUUUCCUGCGGGCGAAGGCUGAGGACAUUUUCACGUGUCCCGACGACGGAUCCUACAUUCUCAAUCUUGGACCCUUGGUUGAUUUUUCCACUGUGCAGUGCGGUAAUGCUGAAGUACCGUGCGUUGACUACAUUUUAAAUGCCAAUGCGAGUGUCACUACCAGGAAAUGUGUCAAAGCCACGCAAAUCUGCGAUGGGUACAGAGAUUGUUCCGAUGGCUCUGACGAGGGUCUCCUUUGUCACAAUUCAUUCCAAGUAUGCCCGAAAAUAAACGACACGGUGAAGACACCCGGCAUGGAAGGUCACUUCGUGUGCAAAAUGUCCGGGAAUUGCAUCGAUCGGUUGAAGGAGUGCGAUUGUUACGCUGAUUGCAGUGACGAAUCGGACCUUGAAUCAUUGUGCAAUGAUACGAUUCACGCCGCACUCCCUCCUGGUGCCCGAACCGACAACUGCACUGAUGAAGAAUCCACUAAUGCUCGUUUCUACGGAGUUGAUCCUCUGGACAUCGAAGAGAUAAUCAAACGUUCCCAAACCGGCGACUUGAGUGACGUGCAAUUGGUUGUCACGCCAUCUGCCGAUAAUAUUGAGAGAUACGGAACUAGAGCAGAAGAUUUUAUCCUUUCCUGCAGCAUCGACGGGAAUAUUUGCAGUUACAAGGAUUUCUUCAAAUGGCAGAGUCACGAGUACGGCAAUUGCUUCACGUACAACAGCCCGUACUUGAGGUACCAGGAUAAUGACACAACCUCAUUUGAUGACGUUUAUACCACGUCACACUACGGCGCUACGAAUGGACUCAAGCUGAUCUUGAACGUGGAGUCGGAAGAAUAUUUGUCAUCAUUCACGCCGGACGUGGGCGUAAGAGUCGUCGUGCAUUCCAACAACCAAAUCCCAUUCCCCGAAGAUUCCGGCAUUGACAUUGCACCUGGAUACACAACUGCCAUAGGCGUAAAGAAGAAAGUCAUCAACCGAGCCAGCUAUCCGUACGGAGUCUGUCACGGAUCCGAAUGGGAUUACAACGGAGACUACUCGAAAAUCGCGUGUGACAAAGCGUGCAUUGAGUUUCAAGUUCGCACUGUGUGCAAGUGUUCUUCAUUGCUGAGUCCGUUGUUUGAUGAUCACAACGUAACCGGAGAAUCUCGUCUCAUCCCGAGAUAUAAAUGCUACAACAAAAUCUGGGAGAGUUACAAAACUGGCGAGCUCGAAUGCCCCUGUGAUCCGUCGUGCUCAGAUGAGGAAUACUUAUCGACCGUUUCUCAGAGUGAGCAAAAUAAGCGGUUCAGUUACAUGUUGGCGCGGAUCAAGCGUUACUACGUGGCCCCCGAAUUCUGUCAAAGUGACCCGAACAAAAUGAGCACUGUGAGAUUGAAGAUCUACGUCGCCUCGACAGCAGUGGAAACGAUCGAGGAAUCUCCGAUGUAUACGUGGGAAAAUUUGAUUGCGAACAUCGGUGGUAUCUGGGGAUUCUACCUCGGAUUUUCCGCCGUCACCGUGUUGGAAACAUUCGAGUUCUUCGGCUACUUAUUCCCGUUUUUCUGCAAGAAAUGCAAGCAAUCCCGGAAGAAUAAUAAGGCAGCCAGAAAAUCUUCCGACUGUGAAAGUGACGACAAAAAUGUUGCGCCUUCGAACGGAGUUCAGAAACCUCAGAAUAAGGGGCUUUUGUAUCCAUUGCCACCUGCUCUCGCCUCGACAGGAGUCUUUGGAAUGGACUUGAAACCCGUCGUUUACAAUCCUCCACCGAAUGCUUCGAACUUGAAUGUGCAAUCUGCUGCCGAAUCAGUCGAUAAUGUCAAUGAAACCAGAGAAAAGCCACCCAUGAAGCGAGUCGCCAGCCCUGCUUGGACCGACCCUUUUGAUUUCUAAAUGAAUAUAAGCACUGAAAGAAAAGCGUUGUCCCAAGAGAAUUUUCUUUUCUCUUUGGUUUCUUUUUUUGGUACACACACAUAUAUACAGUAUAUGUGUGUGUAUAAAAACAAUCAGCUGACAUUUUUGUGUGAAUUCUGUGCUGCAUUAUAUUGACUGAAUUCCAAAGUCCGAAUUGAACGUACCCCGAUUUCGAUUUUAGUAGCUCAGCAAACGUAUGCGCGUAAUUAUUACUUUUUGAGUGAAAUUAAUUUCAUACCGUGGCAAAAAAUUGUCCGACUUUUACUGUAUCAAGUAUUUUUUUUUUCAUGGCGUGCACGUGUAACUCUUGGUGUUCUGCUGAUGCUGAUGAUGCUUUGUUAAACAAUAAUGUCACACAGCACUUUCGUGUAGGUUCUUGCUGUUCGACGAAUAUCUUAUUCUCUCGGGUGUUGGAUGUUUUUAAUUUCUCGAAUUUGAAUUUCUUUUUGAUCAUUUUCCUUGAUUCAAGGAAAAUGCAUUUUCAUUGAUGCCUUAAAAAAGAAUGGACUCUGUAAUGUGGCGAUUGUCACCUUCACUUCAAGUUCAGCAUCCUGUCAACUCAUUUAUUCAGCAUUAAAUAUCAUAAAUAUCUUCUACUUUUUUAUUUUCCUCCAGCAAAAAUGCUGGUAUCACACAAAAAAGUUGUGGGUCCUUCCCGCAGAAUUUGAAUUAAAGAUGCAUGACUGUACUGUAUUCAUCAUUUGAUUCAAUAAAUCUGCAGUAAUUAUUGGAGCAUUUAGACCAGUGUUCCCCAACUCAUAUGGUCUGUAGUAGUUUUUUUGGUCCGCAGGAAAUUUUCUUCAGCAUAAUAAAUUUAUUAAAAAUUGCAAGGAAGUCUAUUACCUUUAUCUGAAAUUUUGGAGAGACAAU